AUGGUUGGUAUUCGUCCGAAUGCAAAAUGGUCAAAGCAUGGUAUCACUGUUGCUGGAGGAAAUGGAAAAGGCAGUGAAACCAAUCAACUCUCUGGCCCAUUGAGUUUGUACGUUGACGAUGAUCAAACUGUUUAUGUCGCUGAUUAUUAUAAUCACCGUAUUGUGGAAUGGAAACCUGGUGCAACGAAUGGUACAGUGGUUGCUGGUGGAAAUGGAGCGGGGAAUGCAGCUCAUCAAUUAAAUUGCCCACGAGACGUGAUUAUUGACAAAGACAGCAAUAGUCUCAUCAUCUCUGAUUACAGGAAUGGAAGAGUUGUUCGAUGGCCUCGUCGAAAUGGCACUCUAGGAGAAACAAUUAUUUCAAAUAUCUAUUGCUGGGGUUUGACAAUGGACGACAUUGGUUAUCUCUAUGUGGUUGACCAUGAAAAACAUGAAGUAAGACGACAUAAAAUUGGUGACACUCAAGGAACAGUGGUUGCAGGUGGUAAUGGAGAAGGACAUCGUCUCGAUCAACUCUCUAGUCCCCACUACGUAUUUGUGGAUCAAGAUCAUUCAGUUUAUGUGUCUGAUUAUGACAAUUAUCGUGUAAUGAAAUGGUAUGAAGGUGCUAAACAAGGCAUUGUCGUAGCCGGUGGUCAAGGAGCAGGAAAUAAUCUUAGACAACUCAAUGGUCCUCAAGGAGUUGUUGUCGAUCAAUUUGGUACUGUCUAUGUGGCUGAUUGUUACAAUCAUCGAAUCAUGCGUUGGCCAGAAGGAGCCACACAAGGAAGUGUCAUUAUUGGUGGAAAGGGUCAAGGAGCACAUCCGAAUCAACUCAGUGUUCCCUUUGGUUUAUCAUUCGAUCGACAUGGCAGUCUAUAUGUCGCCGAGCACUACAAUCAUCGAGUACAAAAAUUUAACAUCAAAUAA